AUGUCUCGUCGCUGGGCGCGAAAGCUUGAACGCUGCUGUUGCACUUUCGCGACCUACAUCCCUCUGCUCUUCGUCUAUGGCUUGACCACCUGGGCCGUCUGGGUGGAUGUCACCAUCGGGUCCCUGCCUUCCAAAGCUUCGUGGCUCGGCUCCGCGUCUUCCGCAGGCGCCAUCCUCCUCUACGGCCUGCUCAACUGGUCCUACACCACCGCCGUCUUCACGAGUCCCGGGAGCACGACCAACGAUAAUGGCUACAGUACGCUACCGACCGAGGCACCCCCCGCCGCCACCUCCUUCACCGUCAAGUCCAACGGCGAGCUCCGAUUCUGCAAAAAGUGCCAGGCGAGGAAACCGGACCGCGCCCAUCACUGCUCGACCUGUCGCCGCUGCGUCUUGAAAAUGGAUCACCACUGCCCUUGGCUCGCGACCUGCAUCGGCCUGAAGAACCACAAGGCGUUCCUGCUAUUCCUCAUCUACACGACGCUCUUCUGCUUCUACAGCUUCUUUGUCUCCGGCAGCUGGGUGUACAUGGAGGUCAUCAACAACACGACGUACGUGGAGACGCUGAUGCCCAUCAACUACGUUAUCCUCAGCGUCAUCGCCGGCAUCAUCGGCAUCGUGGUCGGCGCCUUCACGGGAUGGCACAUUUUGCUCGCGAGCAGGGGCCAGACGACAAUCGAGUGCCUGGAGAAGACGCGGUACCUCUCGCCGCUGAAGAAGCAAAUGAAGCACCAAUUCGUCGCCCAGCACAACGGCGAGGGUAUCCCCUUACCCGCCUACGGCCAACAGCUCCUCGACAUCCACGCAAACGCACUCCCGGGCAUCACGCGACCCGAAGAAGGCGAAGAAUACCGCGGCGGUCAUCACCAUCAGGGCGGAGGCUCCUCGAGACCCGGCACGCACCAGUCGUACGAAGAGAUGGAGCGCGAGCGCGCGAAAAAGCGCUACGAAGAGUACCUCGACGAGCAGGACUCUGAGAAGCUCCCCAACGCAUUCGAUCUCGGCGCGAAACGGAACCUCCUGCACCUCUUCGGCCCGAAACCCCUGUUCUGGUUCGUCCCCGUCUGCAACACCACCGGCGACGGCUGGGCCUGGGAAGCCAGUCCCACCUGGCUGGCCGCCCGCGAGCGUCUCGCCAGGGAACGUCAGGAACAGCGCGCGCGCGAGAUCAACGCCGGCUGGGGCACCGACGAACCCCUGACUUUUACGCCUUCCAAGGCCGACCGGGUCCUGGGCCGCGAUCCGAACUUGUACGCCGACGGGUUCCAGGAGUCGAUGCCCAUGCGGAAGCUCAGCCCGCGCGGGCGGGCGCUCGAGGACGAGCUGGACGACUGCGACCUCGACAUGGAGGAUCCGGCGGCGGCGGAGCACCGCGCGCUGAAUCUCGUUACCAAUGGUGGGUGGGGACGCAGCGGUGCUAGCGGGUUGUUGAGGAAGCAUAGCCCGUCGUCGCCGUCGUUUAGGGACCAGCCUGAGAACGAUGAUGAUGUGGAUUGA